UUAGAGGUUAACUGAGACAUUCCAUUCCACAUACUUGUGUACAAUGGUGGUGCUGUUCUCAGGAUCUAGGUGUAUUCAUUUAUCUCUUUUCAUUCCCAAUUUCCGUCAUUUCAACCUUCCAAACCCUAAUUUCAUUCCCAAUUUUCGUCAUUUCAAUCUUCCAAACCCUAAUUUCCUUCGUUACUUCCCAUCUUCAAACUCAAGGUUAUACUCUCAAUUCCAUAACCAAGAGAAAGACAAUCUCGUUUCCUCCUUCAAUCUCUUGCUCCAUCAGAAUCCUACUCCAUCCAUCAUCAUCCAAUUUGGCAAGAUUUUAGGUUCCCUUGUCAAGGCCAAACAUUACUCCACUGCUGUUGCACUUCAUCGAAAACUGGAAUUGAACGGAGUUGCUUCAGAUUUAGUUACUUUGAGCAUUUUGAUCAAUUGCUUUUGUCAAUUGGGUCUAAACUCUUUUUCCUUUUCUGUAUUUGCCAACAUUCUCAAGAAGGGUUAUCGGCCAGAUACCAUAAUUUUGACUACACUCAUCAAGGGUCACUGUCUCAAGGGUGAGGUCCAUGAAGCAUUGCACUUUCAUGACAAGGUGGUAGCGCAGGGAUUUCGUUUGGACCAAGUUUGUUAUGGCACCUUGAUUAAUGGCUUAUGUAAAGUUGGAAAAACAAGAGAAGCCCUUCAAUUGCUGAGACAAGUUGAUGGGAAAUUGGUUCAGCCUAAUGUGGUAAUGUACAACACUGUUAUUGAUAGUAUGUGUAAAGAUAAACUUGUUAAUGAUGCGUUUGAUUUAUAUUUUGAAAUGGUUGCUAAGAGAGUUUCUCCUACUGUUGUCACUUAUAAUACUUUAAUUUGUGGCUUAUGCAUUAUGGGUCAAGUCAAAGAUGCUAUUGGUUUGUUAUACAAAAUGAUAUUAGAAAACAUCAACCCAAGUGUGUAUAGCUUUAAUAUAUUGGUUGAUGCAUUUAGUAAGGAAGGAAAAAUGAAACAAGCUAAAGCAGUGGUUGCUGCCAUGAUGAAAAAAGGCACAAAACCCGAUGUUGUUACUUAUAGCUCUUUAAUGGAUGGAUAUUGUAUGGUUAAACAAGUGGACAAGGCCAAGGAUAUAUUCAAUGCUAUGGCCCAGGGAAAAGUGACUGCUAAUGUUCAUAGCUACAAUAUCAUGAUUAAUGGAUUUUGUAAGAAUAAAAUGGUGGAUGAAGCUAUUAAUCUUUUCGAAGAAAUACAUCGGAGACAAAUCAUUCCUGAUACGAUAACGUACAGUUCCCUUAUUGAUGGCUUGUGCAAAUCAGGGAGAAUCUCAUAUGCUUUGGAGCUUGUGGAUGAGAUGCGUGAUAGAGGUCAACCACCUGAUAUAUUAACUUACAAUUCUAUAUUGGAUGCUCUAUUAAAAAAUCACCAUGUUGACAAAGCAAUUGUGUUGUUAAGAAAAGUGAAAGACCAGGGUAUUCGACCAAGUUUGUAUACAUAUAAUAUUCUUAUCAAGGGACUCUGCCAAAGUGGAAUGCUUAAGAAGGCACAAGAUAUUUUUCAAGAUCUUUUAGUUAAAGGCUACAAUCUAGAUGUCUAUACAUAUACCAUUAUGAUCCGAGGGUUUUGUGACAAAGGCUUGUUUGAUGAAGCAUUGGCCUUGCUGUCAAAAAUGAAAGACAAUGGCUGCAUUCCAAAUGCUAAAACAUAUGAAACAAUUAUUCUUUCUUUGUUCGAAAAAGAUGAAAAUGAUAUGGCGGAAAAACUUCUUCGUGAAAUGAGUAUGAGAGGUCUAUUGUAAGAUUAAAACUAGAUGAUAUAAAAUUACCUCAUUGACAGUGCCAUCACUUAAUUGGGCGUGGUUUAGAACUUUUUGUCAAUAGUGCUAGCAGGGUUGUUGAGAGUGUAGGGCUAAGAGUGACUGAAUUCAAAGAAGGGGAUCGUGUGCUAACAGUUUUUAUUGGAGAAAUUCGUAUGUCAUGCAAAAUGUGUAAAUCAGGAAAAAGUAAUAUUUGACAAGUUUUGGGAUUAGAAAGAAAGGGUUCAAUGCAUAGUGAUCAAAAGACAAGAUUCUCAAUAAAAGGGAAGCUUGUUUAUCAUUAUUGGGAUGUUUCAAGUUUUAGUGAAUAUACAGUUGUCCAUUCUGGAUGUGCAGUGAAAGUUAGUCCUCAUGUACCUCUUGAUAAAAUGCCUUCUAAGCUGUGGGGUUGCUGCAGGUCUGGGUGAAGCAUGGAAUAUUGCUGAUGUGACAAAAGGAUCAACAAUAGUUAUAUUUGGUCUCGGAACUGUUGGCUUUUCUGUUGCUCAAGGUGCAAAACUAAGAGGUGCAUCUAGAAUAAUUGGUGUUGACAACAAUACACGGAAGUGUGAAAAUGCUAAAUCUUUUAGGGUUAGAGAAGUUGUUGAUCCGAAUUCGUACAAAGAGCCUAUCACGCAGCACACAAACUCAGAAGACAGCUUAUGGCAGCUUGUUCUAUGACUAGUGGAGUGAAAGUUAACUUGGAAGUAGAAGGUUAUGUUUGUUCUCUUUACUGUAAUUUGCUACAAUAAAGCUAAAUAUAUGUGGCUAGAAAGUUUUCCAUUCACCUGUCUCACUUGUCUCACUUACUUGGUAGUGAGAAGAGUAGAUGGCAUUCUAAUCCUACAAAAGGGAGUUGCGGAUAUAACAUGUAUGACUGAAAUUCUUGAGCACUUGAAUAAACAUGGAGAGGUUCAGAACUUUA